AUGCAUCCUCAAAAAAAGGCUGACUUCUCGGAGCGGAUGAUAGCCCUACUUCGUCGUCGCACCGAGCAAAGACCCCUACCUAAGGGGUAUAUGCGUUGCCCGCUUAAUGCUGAGCACCACGUCCCUAUCGCAUCCAUUGUCACGCACAUCGAAAAGGUGCACAACGGGGAUGCCCUUGGACUUAUCGAAGAUGCCAUGUACUCUCAUGGAACCAAAGCGCGCCUGGACGCGUUUUUUGAGCAGCAAGAACUCAACUAUCGUAGGUGGUGUGCUAAGGAUCGUUCCUCCUCAAGUGACUCAUCCUUUUCCUCGUACUCGUCCAGCUACUCUACUAAUUCUCAGAGCAGAAGUGAAAGUCUGGGUCGAGAGGGAUGCGAUGACAAAAGUAAACAUAUGGGCAAUUCUAGAUCACACCACUUGCAGCAGAUGAGAAGCAUUGAUGAUAAGACAGUGCUGUCGCCCAAUUCUCAUGGUGUUAACACACCUGCGCAUGUAUGUCCUCGUAAAAGCUUCGAGUUUGCCCAUGCUCAUGACUCCCUUGAACCGCCUUCACAUGGAGACAAUGGGCCUAUCCUCCCCACUCCGUCAGGCGCCUCAGGGAUGAAGCGACCUCGUUCUACAAAGCAAUUGAGUAAUCCAAUAGCUCCUGUGAACCCUACCAUCGGGGUUACGCCCCACCAUGAGCCUGUCUUGCCCUAUUCUGUUUCUGUUCACAGCAGCCAUGAAGCCAAUAAUAGAUAUAUCCCCCUUCGACAGCAGUACCUGUAUGGGGCACCAGGCCUGCAGUUUCACUCCCAACCCCCUUUUCAACAGCAGGCACAGGCUUCCCUAGGCACACCUGUGCGAUCCUGUUCCAAGCCGUAUGAGGUCAACGCAUCAACAAGUAUGUCAUUUCAGACGUCACAGGCUGCGGCGGGUUUGCUAUCCCUGGGAUCGAAGUUGGGGGCAGAUGAAUGCGUACUUCCGCACACGUAUGCACCUUUAGAGACGGAGAAGGCCGCCUCGUCCCUUACAUCUUCGCAGUCGCGUCAACAAGAGGGUGAGUGGCGCGCGCGCAGUAUUAUUUUACAGUAUCGUACCCUCAAACCACAGUUUAACAACGCAGUAGACAAGGACACACCAGAGAACGCCUCUGCCAGAGCCGUUCACGGGGUUGCUGUUGGGGAACAUGGUGACAACGAAAUGUGGGAUCUCUGGUGUCUUCUUUAUCCCCAUGUGAAGGCCAAUACCGUUCAGUGUGUCACAUCUUCCAGCGUUAGUGACAGGCAAUCCUCAGGUCCACGGGAGAGUGCCCAGGGUCCAAGCAAGAUGCCAAUCACAGAUUUGAUUUACCACCCUCCUCGAGUGGUGUUGAUAAUGGAAAACGAAAUCAUAAAAGCUAUGCUUCUAAAUAGUUUAAAAGCUGACUCGGUGCUGAUGGCUAAAUACGAAGUUCUUCAAUAG